AUAUCGUUAAAUGCAAAAAUGUAUCGAAUGAGCAUAUACAAUAUCAGAGUUAUCUAACUGUAUCAUAAGUUCGGAUUCUCAUCUGGGGGAUUUCUCCGGGUGUCAACAAAUGUUAAACAAGGAUGAUAUGACACCCGGAGAGCACCCAGAUGGAAAUCGGAACAUGCCUCUAAAUAAUUACCUUUUAUUUAUUACAGAAUUCAUCAAUCACACUCAUUAUUUAUUACAGAAUUCAUCAACCACACUCGAUUAUUCCAAAAAAGAACAAGACUAAUCAUUAGUCAUAAUGACUAUUUUAAAGACUCUAAUCGCUGGAGGACAAAUAUGCCUCAAAAAAUUUUAUACUACAAGUCCAAAACUUAUUGAAAUUACACAAGACAAUAAUACAGGUAUCCAAAUUAUAUCUAUGGCAAGAAAACCUGUUAACAGCUUGAAUACAGAGUUGUUAAGUGAACUAAAGACAUUUUUAUUGGAGGCCCAAAAUAGUCGUAUUAAAGGCGUUAUAUUAACGUCGUCCUUACCAACUGUAUUCUCAGCAGGAUUGGAUAUUAUGGAAUUGUUUAAUGAUAAAGAGAAACUUACUAAUUUCUGGCAAACAUUACAAGACACUUGGCUGACUGUUUACAGUUUGACUAUACCGAUUGCUGCUGCUAUCAAUGGCUUUAGUCCUGCCGGAGGCUGCCUGUUUGCAAUGUCUACGGAAUAUAGAGUCUUUGUUGAAGGCAAGCAUACUAUAGGUUUAAACGAAACACAAUUGGGUAUGAUUGCUCCAAAAUGGUUCAAGGAUGUAUAUGUCUCGUUAAUUGGCUAUCGACAAGCUGAGCUGGCACUUUUAAGAGGAGCGAUGUUUAAGCCUGAGAAGGCAUUGCAGCUUGGACUCGUGGAUGAGCUCGCUAAAGAUAAAAUGGAUGCGAUCGAAAAGUGCAAAAAUUACAUAUUAUCUUAUAAUAAUGUAUCAGGUUUGGCAAGGACCAUCACCAAGGUAGAUUUGCGAAACGAUUUGAUCGAGUGGUUGAAAAAAAAUAAGAAAGCUGAUACUGAUAACUUCAUAAACUAUAUACAAUCACCGAAAAUACAAAAUGGCCUUAAACUUUAUAUUGAAUAUUUGAAGAAGAAGCAAUAAUAGUUGAUUUGCGAAAAUACGCUCCUUGGUACCACACUGGAUAUCGUGGAAUGAAUGAUGAGAGGAAGUUGCUUCGUAUAAAAAUUAAUUAUCUAAUCACUCGGUCGAUUAUAAUACGUGCCUAUAUAUGAAUGUACAGAAUGGAAUCAUCCUAAAGUAUACUAUACAAUUUCAAGUUAGCGACGAUCUUGUAUAUUUAAUUCUUUAAAACUUCCAUCGGAAAGCGCAUGAAGUUGUUGUAUCUUCGUUAUAAGAUAUACUAUAGAAAAAUAAUAAUGAAGACUGGAGGCUACGUAGAAGAAAUACUCGAAAUCUCGAAAAGGCAGUUCACAACGUGCGUGAUAUAAUAUGAGAAGUCCUUGAGAUAUUAUCGUACAUGAAAUUCCGAGUACGUAAAUGCAAUCGCGAUCGUGCUAUUUAUAAAGACGAAAAAGAUAAUAUUGAUGAAUGUUGAGUGAAACUUGAUCAUUGAUCGAUGAUUUCGAAUCAGUCGAUAUCUACAUUGAUUUAAAUGGAGUUUUGAUGAACGUAAAUUCGCGUAUAAAAAUGUUCCAAAGCAUAUAUGGGAAUUAUGUAUAACAAGAGCUUUACAAUAAGUGAAAGAAUCAUGAAAAAUAUCGGUAUUUCUGUUUAUGCUCAAACUGGAAAACUACAUUUGUAAGAGCAUAAUAUAUACUUUUUGUGCGGACACGCGUUUCAGGUUUGCAUUUGAAAUCGUGCGCAGUUGUACUAUAUAAAACGGUAUUUCCAUGGUACAUUCUAAUGUCUUUGCAAUGACAAAAUAAUUUCAGUUCUGCACAACAUAAAUUAUAUAUUAUCUAUACAACAAGUCUGUUUUUCAUUUUAAAAAAGGUGUACAUUUAUCU